UUUCUCGUUUUGCAUUUGCGUAUUCAUAAUUUAAGUGGAAGAUCUCAUCAGAAGUGAUUGACCUAACGGAUAGAAUAAUGUUGGAGUUUGAAUUAUUUUUUAUGUGUUUUAGCAAGUGGUCAUACCUACGAGUUAUUUCAGUGUUCAGUGAUAAUUUCAAUCAGUUCUCAAGUCGGUUCAUAGAAGGAAGGUUUAGAAGGGCAAAAUAAAUACUGCGUUCGAAUACCGUAUGCACCAGGAAGAUUAGAUCCGUGUUCAUGUAACAAUAAGGAUACGGUUUAGAUUGUUCAUAUGCAGCGUAUCUACUUAUUAUAAUCCUAUUUGUGGAGCAUUAUAUUUAUAUAUUUUCAAAGUUCUCGAACCUUUCAAUCGAGGAAGUAAAUAGUUUUCCAACAUUACUGCAGGCCAACCCAGCUAACGUACGGGACUCUGGCAAAAUUAUCUGAUAUGAAGAGAAUAUACUAAAAUGAAAUAAUAAUGAAGUGAUUCUCCAUUGUAAAGAUGACAUAUUAUAUAUUCAGCGAUUUAGCCGAUCAAGACAACGACUACGAUCUUCUGCUGAUUGAAAGAUCGUUCAAGGGUUUGGACUUCACAGCAACUGGAGCCACAUUCGACAGAGCAGUAGAAUCCACAGGUUUUGGCAAAUUUCACAUUCUCCACCUUCUAAUAUGUGGUCUGAUCUAUUUGGACACAGCGGUGGAAAUCACCAUAUUAUCGUUUGUAAUACCCGCCGCAAAAUGUGAUUUCGAUAUGUCAUCCGAGGAUGCAGGGUGGCUCAAUGCUGCACCCAUGCUCGGAAUGAUGUUUGGAUCAUAUUUCUGGGGCUGCUUAGCUGAUACAAGGGGACGUAAAGGAGUGCUGAUAGCAUCCCUAUUGCUGGAUGGAAUAUGUGGCAUAGCAUCCAGUUUUGCUCAAGCAUUUCCCAUUUUCGUUGCUUUGAGAUUCUUCUGUGGUUUUGGCAUAACAGGAGCAAUGGGAAUCGUGUUCCCCUAUCUAGGGGAAUUCCAGUGCACCAAGUACAGGGAGAAAGUGCUUGGCUGGAUGGAGCUGUUCUGGACGGGAGGAAUAAUCGUUCUGCCCCUCUUCGCUUGGGGCAUAAUUCCGCUGCGCGAGUUUUUCAAGAUAGAAACGUCGUUUUUCUGGUUCCACUCGUGGAACAUGUUUGUGCUGGUCUGCUCGCUGCCGGCUGUCAUGUUGGGUCUCUGGCUCAUGUGGUUCCCGGAGAGUCCGAAAUUCUUGCUGGAGUGUGGCGAAUACGAUCAGGCGCUCGAAAUUCUCAGACACAUGUUCUGCAUCAAUAGCGGGAAGACUUUCGACCAGUACCCAAUUCGCAGUUUGAGAGAGAAGGAGCACAGAGUGAGUGUUAUCAGUAUUCAAUCGACAAGGAGUGUGAGGAGUGUAAAAACACCGAAAGACGUCAAAAUUUUCAUCAAGGAAUCAUGGGAACAAACAACUAUUCUUUUCAAAACGCCUCAUUUGAAACCAACAGUGCUCACAUGUCUUAUCCAGUUUGGGCUAACAUCCGGGUACUACACACUAAUGAUGUGGUUCCCAGAGCUUUUCAACAGAUUCGACAAGUUCGAAAUCCUGCAUCCCAACGAAACGGCUUCAGUGUGUGACGUGUCAGCAAUUUAUGAGACACAACACAUUUGUGACGAUAAUAUAGAUAUGUCUGUGUACAUGCACACCUUGAUCAUUGGUAUUGCUUGUAUACCAACAAGCUUCUGGCUUCCUCUCUGUGUACACAGGCUGGGAAUUAAGUUCUUCCUAGUGUUUUGUCUGCUGACAUCAGGGUGCGUGGCACUUGGUUUCUACUUUGUGCAGAACUCAUUCCAAAAUCUCGUGCUGUCGGCCAUAUUUGAAGCGCUCACUAGUUUGGGCAUCAGUGUCGUUUACUGUGUUAUGGUUGAUCUGUUUCCAACAAAUCUCAGGGUGAUGGCGUGUGCCCUAGCUAUGACGUUUGGCAGAGGAGGAGCUCUUUUUGGAAAUCUGAUUUUUGGAUUCCUGAUCGAUCUCAACUGUCUCGUACCUGUAGUUCUAUUUGCGUCCUUCUUAUACAUAAGUGGAAUCCUCUGCUUAUUUUUACCGAAGACUGGCCAGGAGGAGCUGGACUGAAAGUCUGCCGAUAUCAGACUCUUGAGAUAAAAAACGGCGAACCCCAUUUUCACAAGAUCUUUACAACAAAUAAUAUGAAACAUGGGAACUGGAAGAUUGAGGAGUAGGGGAAUAAAUUGUUGAUGCUUCCAAACUGUUUCUAACGCAGGGUCCAAGUUGACGAUUUAAUUGACAGGCGCAAUGGGACCAAAAACGAUGGUGUAAAUGUUACAGAGGAGUGUUAGUGAACUGGACUGUAGAUAGUAUUAAUUAGAUGUAAUGUUAAAAAACGAAUUGCAGAGCACAACUAGGGUAGCAUAGGAUGCAGAUUGUUUUGUAAAUUAUUCUAUUGUAACAUUAGGAGUUGAAAGUGCUGUUGAGUAUUGUAAAGAAUAAUGCAAUAAUAAUGACACCUACACAUUAAUGUAAAUAAGUGUAAUUAUUGUGUAUUGUACAUUAUAUAUUAAACAGUUAUGAUAAUAAAGUAAUGCAUUCUUGGUCCUA